CUGGUCCUGCUGGCCUCCCCCCUGACCCCCCCCCUGUCCCUGGUGUCCCAGCAGGUGAGGGAGACGGAGACCUGGAUGCCCAUGAAGACCACUCAGAUGGCGUCCCUGUCCAGCCGCGGCGCCCUGGAGGCGUCGGGCGACUCGCCCAACGGCUCCGACUUCGGUUUCCCUGACGACGAGGACGAGGGCGAGGACGACCUCGCCGACCCGCUCUACGAGGAGUUCUCCGGGUCCGGGGACGGAGCAACGGCCGCCCCCCCCUCAGAGGCCCGGCCGUCGGGGAAGCCCGAUGUCAGAGAGAACAUGAUCCCCGGCCUGGAGCGCCCGCUGAGGCCCACCGCCGGAGAGCCCGAGGUCGUCGACGGCAACGAGAUCUCCGUGCUGAGCAACGAGCCCGCCGAGGAGCAGCCGUCCAACGUGCUCAUGUCCCGGGGAGAGAGCAUCUUCAACAAGACCGAGGUCCUCGCAGCUCUGAUUGCGGGGGGCGCCGUGGGCCUGAUGUUCGCCGUGCUGCUCAUCCUGCUGCUCAUCUACCGCAUGAAGAAGAAGGACGAGGGCAGCUACGACCUGGGGAAGAAGCCCAUCUACAAGAAGGCCCCCACCACGGAGAUCUACGCAUAGACUUUAGCCCCCCCCCCUUUCGACCACACACACACCUCACUACCCCCCAGCAACCAAUCAGGGCCCUCGCCGGCCCCUCAGUGCCUCGCCACCACUUACCUCCUCCUCUUCCUGCGGCGGCCCAAUCGGGAGAGGAGCCCCGACUAAAAAAAAAACAACCCACUGACUGGCUCCUCCCACCUGAUGUGUGCUCGUGUUACUGGUGCUCUCUGGACCAAUCGGAGGCCUCGGAGCAGCGGGAGCGGCGGCCAUCGCUGCGGUACGCCGUGUUCGUCUCCUUUUUUUUUUUUU